UCCAACACUAAUACUAUUUCAAGUCAAAAUCUGCAUUUCAUUGUUUACGUUUUAGUUUUUUUAUUUUCUGAAGAAAAUAUAAUUUGUUUAGCAUUUUUACUCCAUAUACCAAUACAAUGGCAGCUGUAGAUACCCUGGAUUCUAAUGUUCCUAAAGAUGAUGUUUCAUCCAAGAAACCGGCAGAGCUUUUUACCUCGCACUACGCCCAAGUGGAUGCAGGAACUCUGCAGUUUACUCUACGGGCUUUGAAAAUGCCGGGAAGCACUUUGCUGUUCGUGAACUCCAAAGAUGAGAUGUUGGAGGAACUGGCCUUGGCCAUGCCCUCACGUGAUCCCGCCUCCAAAGAGACCAUAGCAACCACGAUAUUGGGCGGAUACGGUCAGACGGAAUCUUCGGUGCUGGCCACCAAGCUGAGCACCCGAUAUCAGCGUCCGUUCUAUGUUAGCCUCAACCUGAAGGUGGACCGCCUGGUGGGACCGCUGUUCGAGAAGGCGCUCAUUACCUACAUGCGCGACCAUCUGGAGCACUUCGUCUGAGUGGGCCGCGUGGGGGUCACCCGCCGUUGGAUGCGCGUCUAUUUCGGGGAUCGCCACUGGAGGACCCCACGGACACAGCACCUCUACACAGCCUCGCACUCCACUCUGCGAUACGCAAUCUCCGUUCUCCGAUCUCCGCUCAGACGUCAUGCGGCGGUCGAGUGAGCGCGAACUUUAAACGUAUCGCAGAAUCGAAACAACCAAACUUUUGUAUAAUAAAUUUAUUGCCUAAGUAA